GUCUGCUUAGACUGCAAAGAGGAAGAUUUGAGCUAGAAAUAUAGAGGCAUAGGAAAACGACAGGAAAGACAAGUCAAUCCACUUAGCUGCUACUCAUUUUACAUUGCACAAAUCUUUCUUACAUGGAGGAGAGCGCUGAACAACCUAGGAAGAUUGAACUAAAUGAUGGCACAUACAUGCCACUACUGGGACUUGGAACAUGGAAGCCAGAGUCCACUUGCUCAGAUAUGUGUCAGAGGGCAGUUGAGGCAGCGAUCGCUGCUGGAUAUCGGCAUAUAGACACAGCCUACAGCUACCAGGUUGAGGAAGAGGUGGGGAAGGCCAUCCAGUCCAUGAUACUGCAGAGCAUCAUCAGACGCCAAGACAUGUUCAUAGUCAGUAAACUGUGGUGUACCCAUCAUGCCCCUGAAGACAUUCCUGUUUGUUUGAAUAAAUCUCUGAAUGACCUUCAGCUUGACUACCUGGACCUAUACUUAGUGCACUUUCCAGUAGGUCUGAAGAAAAUGGGUGAUGAGCUUUUCCCAGAAAAGGAUGGAAAGAUUUUUACAACUGACAUAGACUAUGUCGAUGUGUGGAAGGGAAUGGAAGCUCUGAAAGCCACAGGAAAGGUGAAAAGUAUCGGUGUGUCCAACUUCACAAUCGAGCAACUGGAGAGAUUGCUAUCCGUGGCCAAAAUCCCACCUGCGGUUAAUCAGGUGGAGCUCCAUCCUUACUUUGUUCAGUCUGAUCUGAUUGAGUAUUGUAAGUCCAAAAACAUUGCUUUAACAGCCUACAGUCCAUUUGGCUCACCUGGAAGACCUUCAGAAUAUCAAAGAGGAGAAACGGAUCCCAUGCUGUUACUGCAGGAUCCUGUUGUUGGGGAUAUCGCCAAAAAGCACAGACGGACCCCUGCACAGGUUCUGUUGCGGUAUCACGUUCAGCAGGACAUUGUUGUGAUUCCGAAAAGCAUGAAAGCCCACCACAUUUUGGAGAACACCAAGAUCUUUGAUUUCACUCUGGAUGAAGAGGAUAUGAAUGCUCUCAGGUCUCUGAAUCGAGGCUGGAAGGCCUGCAUCAUAAAACAACCAACCAUGAGAAAUCAAGAAGGAGAUAUUAAAAUGCAGCGGAUAUUCCUUGCAAUCCAUUUGGAAAUGGAAGAUUGGAAUCGCAUCCCUUCUACCCCUUCAAGUGAAAUGCUGUUAGCCUUGGAUGACCAAGAACCCACCUAGGAAAAAAAUGACCAAGCACUUCUGGAGGCUAGAGCAAAUAAGACACUUUUUCGAUUGUUAGGUUCAGGCAUUCAUAUGUGUAUAGCUAAACUGAGACAUUUUAAGGCACUGGAAAAAAAAAUAUAUUUUUGAGAAACGCUAACAGAUGUCAUUAUUGUAACUUCAUUUGGUUAAAAUAAAGCAUUAAGGCAUACACUACUGUUCAAAGGUUUUGAGGCGGUAAGAUUUUCUAUUCUUUUUGAAAGAAGUCUCUUAUGAUC